GAGAGCACGGACGUGCAAGACACAGCGCAACUGCUCAUUUUUAUUCGUGGAGUUAGCGCAAACUUUGAGAUAUGCGAGGAGCUGGCAGCCCUCCAAAGUCUCAAAGGGACUACAACGGAGAGGAUAUUUUUGACAAAGUGUGCCAAACCAUGGAGAAGUUGGACCUGGACUGGUCAAAGCUAGCUAGCAUCACGACUGACGGGGCUCCUAGCAUGGUGGGCGAAACUCGCGGUCUAAUAGGACGCAUGAACCGGGAGUUGGAAAAAAGGGGUCUCACCGCCCCGCUACGAGUCCACUGCCUAAUUCACCAGCAAGCACUGUGCUGCAAAGUGUUGAAGUGGGAUUCUGUAAUGAAGGUUGUGGUGUCGUGCAUAAACUUCAUCAGAGCAAAGGGACUUAAACACAGGCAGUUCCAAGAAUUCCUGUCUGAACUGGAGUCUACGCAUGGAGAUGUGCUGUACUACACAGAGGUCCGAUGGCUGAGCCGGGGCAGAGUUUUGAGGCGUUUUUACGAGCUGCUACCCGAAAUUAACGCAUUUCUUCAUUUAAAAGACAAAACGGUCCCAGAGCUGAUCGACCCAGAAUGGAAAUGGCACCUCACAUUUUUAACAGACGUGACAGAAAUACUUAACAGCCUUAACUUGCAGCUACAAGGUGAGGGGAAACUCAUUUGCGACAUGUAUUCACACAUAAAAGCAUUUGAGGUGAAAUUAGCGCUGCUUUUGGAACAAGUGAAAAAGCGCAACUUCGUCCAUCUUCCUGCUACCCAAAACCUGUCGACAGAGAACCCAGCGGUCCCGUUCCCAGCUGAAAAGUGCGUGGAAGCACUGGAAAUGCUGAAGGCGGAGUUCGGUGUGCGAUUCAGUGAACUACAUGUUCAUGCAAAAGAAAUCCGUCUUUUUCAGAACCCAUUUGUUGCCGACAUUGAUGAAGCCCAGCCUUCAUAUCAGUUUGAGUUGGCUGAGUUACAGAACUGUGAUGUUCUGAAAGACGCAUUCAAGCCCAACAGUCUCAUUGACUUCUAUGCCGCCCUCCCAAACGACACAUAUCCAAACAUCAAAAAACACGCAAUGAAAAUGUCCACAGUUUUUGGCAGCACGUAUAUCUGCGAGAAAACCUUUUCUCGCAUGAAACUGCUGAAAACCCCGAUGAGAUCAAGAUUGACAGAUGAACAUUUGCAUCAGUGCUUGAGACUGGCUGUAACUAGAAUGGAACCUGAUAUUCAACUUCUCACCAGCCAGAUGCAGGCCCACAGUUCACACUGAUGAACAUACAUAGGGAAGUUGAUGAGAGAGAGAGCUGCAAACAGCGGUGUCUACAAGCCUACUGGAACCUACAAAAGGAUUAUAAGGAAGGAACACAAGAACUUUAAGAGACUGCUCAUAUGUGUCAGAGAGAUUCUGCUCUGACAACUGAGCUGAACUUUUAUCUGUUAAGAUUGUGCAUGGCACGACAGAAAGUUAAUGUUCCAUGGCUUUUUUUUCUAUGAAGAACCCAGAGAGAGUUAUUUAGUUAUUAUUUAUUUCCUGUUUUUUCUGUGAAGAACUCAGAGAGGGUUAUUUAGUUAUUAUUUAUUUCAUUA